AUGGCCGAGCGCAUCGAGGUGUGCCUCAAGCCCGUCAAGGACCGGAGCAGCUUCGAACUCCCCGCCGGAGAGGAAUUUUCCCCAAACGACACUGUGGCCACCGUGGAGGAGUGCCUCGUGGACUCCAUGGCCGUGCCUCUCAAGCCCGCACUCGAAGAGGCCGACUACUCCGCCGAGCAGCGCGACGAGAUCAGCAGCCGCAUCGAGGUGUGCCUGUCCUCCAUCCCCGAGACCCCGUACGCGGAUCCCGCCUCGGACUGCCGCAACCACCCCCUGGGCCAUGCGGACGAGGGCUACCCCAAGGAGACCCUCGUCGACUUCAUCGUGCCCUGCCUCGAGGGCAAGAAGAUCUCCGCCGCGGUCGUGGCCCAGGCCCAGACGUGCAUCGCCGCGUCCCUUGCACAGCCCCUGUGUUUUCCCAAAGGGGUUUUCUCUUAUCUGGACGUGAUGAAAUUUAAAUUUGAUGUUAUGCAGAGAAUUGGGUCAAACAAUUUGGUGUAA